AUGUAAAAAGAAUCAGAAGUAGAAGAGCAAGAAUUAUAAAAUAAAAAUCCCAUAGAAGAAAUAUAACCAAAAGAAUCUAAGACAAAAUUUUUUAUAACAAGUAUACUAAUAAUGCUAUUCAACUUUAUUAUGGGAUACUAUUUUUAUAAAAAAUCAAGGAAUGGUAUUGUGCUGAAUAUUGAUUUAAGAAUUCAAUGAUGUAUGCUUUUAUUUGGGAGGAUUUUCUUAUUAUUAUGGAUUAGUUUUAAUACUAAUAGGGCUUUUUUUUUUAUUUAUUCUAUGUCCAUGUACAGUUUAUCCUUGCAUAAAUAAAUAGUUUUCUACUAAUAUGUUUGGAGUUAUUGUAAGUGUUUAAUUUACUUAAUAAGUUAUUUUCUUAACUGCACUAACAGUAUUAAUAAUAAUUAAAUAUAGAUUGUUUAUUUUUAUUAAGAACCUUGUGGAAAUCUAACUAAAUUUGUAUUGAUAUAUUUAAUAAUAAAUUUAUCAUUAGUAUUCUUUAGUUUGAGUGUGAUAGUUUGGAUAAUUUUUCAUUCUGAUGAAUUUGAUAUAAUAAAGACACUAACAGAGUGA